UGAUCGGAAAAACCAUUGAGAUGCUGUUUUCAGAAGAUCCAUGGGCUGUCAGACAGUACAGACAUCAGAGCUUGUCCUACACUGCUCUUGGUGAUCAUCGACCACCUCGUCUUCCACCUAAAUCACUUUCCUGUCGACAGCAACCCAAGAACAUAGUAAUUCCAAAAUAUGACCAUACCAUAUAUAUCCCAUUGCAUCCUCCCAUAUCAAGGAGAGAAAAACCAAAAAAUUGAAACAGCUGGAAGAGAAAAACGAGGAAGCGAAAACAAGAGAAAUGGAGAGGGUGACGCUUAAGACAGAAGAGUCUGCACGGAGAUGUGUCAAGAGGCGGAGAAGGGACCCGCGCUCGGUUUCUAUCGGCAGCGAUGAUAACAAGAGCCAGCAGCAGCCACUACCAGGUGAUCAGAACUCUGCUGCCACCACGGUGAAGAGGAGCUCGAGGUUCCGAGGAGUAAGCAGGCAUCGGUGGACCGGUCGCUUUGAAGCUCACCUGUGGGAUAAGCUCUCUUGGAAUGUCACGCAGAAGAAAAAGGGAAAGCAAGUAUAUCUUGGGGCUUACGACGAGGAGGAAUCAGCUGCGAGAGCGUAUGAUUUAGCUGCUCUCAAGUAUUGGGGGGCAUCAACUUUUACCAAUUUUCCGAUAUCAGAUUACGAGAAGGAAAUUGAGAUCAUGCAGACUGUAACAAAGGAGGAGUACUUGGCUUCCCUAAGAAGAAGGAGCAGCGGCUUUUCGAGGGGUGUAUCCAAGUACAGAGGAGUUGCGAGGCACCAUCACAAUGGUAGGUGGGAAGCGAGAAUCGGGAGAGUUUUCGGGAACAAGUACCUGUAUCUCGGCACUUACGGCACCCAAGAGGAAGCAGCUCGUGCUUAUGACAUAGCAGCGAUCGAGUACCGAGGCAUCAAUGCCGUAACGAACUUCGACCUGAGCACUUACAUCCGAUGGUUAAAGCCCGGAACAAAUGAGCAACAACAUGUUUCUGUUGAGCCUCAGUUGGCAUUAUUACCACUGUCAAACAACUACAUCAUGGGAGAGGACUCAAAGCCUUCAAUCUUCCCCGCCAUAAAUCCUUAUACAACAGAAUUCAUAGGCUCACCCAGGAAGCAAGAGCUCUUCGAGGAGAAGCUCUCCAUCGGUUCGUGCAUUAACAAGUCAUCAUCUUCUUCUUCUUCUCCAACAGCGCUUAGUCUCCUCCUUCGAUCUUCAGUGUUCAGAGAGUUGGUCGAGAAGAAUGCGAACGUGUCUGAGGAUGACACAGAUGGUGAGGAUGUAAAGAACCAAACACAGCUUGCGAGUGACGAAGAUGAGUAUGCUGAGAUCUUCACUGAUGGAAUUGGUCAUAUCCCAUAUAGAGAUGACGUACAAUUGCAAGAACGAGAGCUCCACUUUCUUUUGUGAUCAUGCAAGAUAUAGGUUCAGAGAAAA